CGUCGAUCACGCCAGCUCAUCCGAUCAAAGAAAACCCAAACCCGCAUCAUCAUCACCUACUCUCUCUUCUCUAUAUAAAAAAUCACCGCUUUUAAUCAAAGGGGUAUUUGUAUAUGGCAUCUUCUUCCCUCUCUUUCUCCACUUCGCUGCGAACUCUUUCGUCUUCUGCGCAAAGAUUGUGUAGGCCUUACUCACAAUUGGUCAAAACCCAGGUAGCAUUUGACCUCAAUCACUCCAUUGGUAGAUUGAAACGGGAGUCCCAAAUCAUUCAACCACUGAUAUACAAGAGGAGAUUUGAUUGCACAGCCAAAGCCGGGAUGACGACCGCGGGGACCACUGAGAAAAAGAAGGUAGUUGAGGUAUUUGACACAGAGGAAGAUCUUGCUGUUUCUCUGGCCAAGUAUACAGCUGAUUUAUCUGAAAAAUUUGCUAAAGAAAGAGGCUCUUUUGCUGUUGUUUUAUCUGGUGGGUCUCUCAUCAAGUCUCUCAGGAAACUAGUGGAACCUCCUUAUGUUGAUACUAUAGAGUGGUCGAAAUGGCAUGUUUUAUGGGUCGAUGAGAGAGUGGUCCCUAAAGAUCAUGUUGACAGUAAUUACAAACUGGCAUAUGAUGGUUUUCUCUCUCGGGUACCAAUUCCUCCUGGUAAUGUUUAUGCCAUUAAUGAGGCCUUGUCAGCUGAGGGUGCAGCUGAUGAUUAUGAAACCUGUCUAAAACAUUUGGUUAAUAUGAAGGUGGUAGAGGCAUCAUCGAGUGGGCUUCCGAAGUUUGAUCUCGUGCUUUUGGGUAUGGGCCCAGAUGGACAUAUAGCUUCUCUAUUCCCUGGACAUUCCCUUGUCAAUGAAAAUCACAAAUGGGUGACCUUUAUCAAGGACUCGCCAAAACCACCUCCAGAGAGAAUCACCUUUACCUUCCCUGUGAUAAACUCAUCCUCAUAUGUUGCAGUUGUGAUAUGUGGUGCAGGUAAAGCUGAUGUAGUGCAAAAGGCACUGGGAAAGAAUGAAAAUUCUGAUGUCCUACCUGUUCAAAUGGUUUCACCUGAAGGGGAGUUGAAGUGGUUUUUGGACAAAGAUGCAGCUUCAAAGCUGUAGAAAUGGAUGCGUGAGCACUGUGAGUUUGUCUAACAUUAAUACUAGUAGUAGUAAUAAUAAUAAUGUCAGUGUUAUUUUAGGUGCGUGGAUGCUCAAGGCUUUCCUGGUCAUGACCAUCAAGGCUUUCCUCUUUGUGCAGAUUCCAGUGCCCGUAACAAAAAUGAUGCCAGUGAAAUGUAGUAUUCUGGUUGAAGCAAUUUUAGUUAUCCUUUCUCCUUUCAA